AGUCGGGCUGAUACGGAAGGCGGUAGACGGUAUAUUAACAAAAAAAUCCCAAAAAAAUAAUAAUAUUCGAAUAAUUCGCAACCGGGCCAAACGUUCGUCACCCCAUCGCUCUUCGGCGUGUAAUGGCUUUUCUGCGUACGGCGGUCAAAUUCAGUGUUUGCAGAAAAUUCGGUCUGUUCGAUCCCCUGCAGAACAAUCUCGGGAAAUUCGGUAGUAACAUCAAUUUGGAGCGGAUCGCGUUGAAGAGCACCGCCGCGAGCAGCACUUUAGUGGACAAUGCGACCAAUGCAGUGGAAAAGCAGCAACAGCAGCCCCCUCGGGAUCCAUUGGAUACCAGUUUCAACGAUCCCAAGGCGGCGUUUAAGAGCAAAACCAAUUGGGAACUGCUCAGGGCCUAUGUCGUCUACACGUUGUGUUCCAUCGAGUAUUUGGUUACCCACAAUAUGCAGUUAAUGAAAAUCUCGAGAGCCAUAUUAGGUGAAAAGCUAUUCGUCGUAUUAAUGAAAGGCACUUUCUACGGGCAUUUCGUCGCCGGAGAGGACCAGUUCAAGAUCAGACCGACAUUGGAGAGGCUCAGAUCGUUCGGAGUCAAACCCAUCCUGGAUUAUUCCGUCGAAGAGGAUCUGUCCCAAGAGGAAGCCGAGAAACGAGAAGUCGAAUCCUCCGUACCCGAAGCUGGUGAGGAGAAAGUCGAAGGACCAUUGAAGCAGUACCACGUCGAUAAAACCUUUGCUGAUAGACGAUACAAAGUGCAAUCGGCCAGAACUUACUUUUACCUCAAUGAAGCCACGUGCGAACGAAACAUGGAAACCUUCAUUCAGUGCUUAGAAACGAUAGCAGACUUUCAGCAGACAUCCAAAGGAUCUACGUAUGGUACUGGAAUUGCUGCGGUCAAAUUAACAGCUUUAGGUAGACCUCAAUUAUUACUUCAAUUAUCCGAAGUAAUCAUGAGGGCGAGAGAGUACAUGGCCGAAAUUGUCGGAGGAACGGGCAACGUUCUGUCCCAUCACGUCAAAGUGGAAGAUCUCGAAGCGAAAUUCGAUAAAAUCCAAGACAAGGAAUCGUUGAAGAAAUUCCUUACUCAAGUUACCGCCGACAAGCAAGGAGUUCUGCAUCUGUUCCCUUGGUCCGGCAUCAUCGACGAUCAGAACGAUUUGAGCACGACCUUCAGAGUGCCGGAUCUGAAGUCCGGCCGGAUGAUCAGGCUGAUAACGCAGCUGUCCCCGAAGGAAGAGGAAAUGUUCAGGAACAUGAUUAGACGAUUCAAUACGAUCGUUAAGGCCGCGGAAGAAAUGGACGUACGAGUGAUGGUGGACGCGGAACAAACCUAUUUCCAACCGGCCAUCACGCGAAUCACGCUGGAAUUCAUGAGGAAAUACAACAAGCAGAAAGCCAUCGUUUUCAAUACCUAUCAAUGUUAUUUGAAUAACGCCUUCACCGAAGUCUCCACCGAUUUAGAGCAAGCCAAACGUCAGGAUUUCUAUUUUGGAGCUAAAUUAGUUAGAGGAGCUUAUCUCGAACAGGAAAGAGCCCGAGCUGCAGCGAUGGAUUAUCCCGAUCCGACGAACCCAAAUUACGAGGCCACCACGGAGAUGUACCACAACACGCUGUCCGAAUGCCUGAGGAGGAUCAAGGCCUUCAAGCAGAAAGGGGAAGAUAAGAAAAUCGCCAUAAUGGUGGCCUCGCAUAACGAAGACACCGUUCGAUUCGCCAUUGAAAAGAUGAAAGAGUACGGCAUAGAACCCGAAGAUAAAGUCAUUUGUUUCGGACAGUUGUUUGCUAUGUGCGAUUACAUCACAUUCCCAUUAGGUCAAUCCGGUUAUUCUUCGUACAAAUACAUACCGUACGGUCCAGUAAACGAGGUGUUGCCGUACUUGUCGAGAAGGGCCCACGAAAACAAGGGGGUUCUGCAGAAAAUCAAGAAAGAGAAACGAUUAUUAGCUAGGGAAAUCUUCAGACGAUUGGCCACAGGACAGAUAAUUUACAAGCCCAAAGGAAACUACGUACCCAUAUAAAUAAGAUGUUUGGAUGCUGUCUUAACAAGAUCCUUGAAGGUUUUACCUUAGUUGAAGACUUAUUCUUUGUAGAUAAGUAGAAAAAAUGCGACAACUCAAAUGAUAAGCUACACAGUUCCAAAUAAUAUCUGCGUGAAUGGUCCUCAUAGGCCUAAAAAAAUGUACGAUGUGUGUUAUACGAAGCAGGUUCAAUUUUGUUACAAUUUCUUGCGCGUUGACGCUCUUAGUUUUUAAAUUUACAGUAUGAUAUGCGAUAAUUGUAGGAUAGAAUGGUGAUAUUUAGAUGAAAACAACAACAACAAGGAUCUGUACGGAAUGAUAUGCGUCAAUUACAAUUGGGGAACUGAUGUAUUCGAACUCAAAACAAAUAACUCGAGGUAUUAGUGAGAGUAUUGUAAUUUAUUAUUUUUUUUAUUUAUUAAAAACUCAACGUGUGUGGGAUAUCUUCUUAUUUUAUUUAGUUUUUUACCAAAGCUGAAUACUUAAAUGCUUACAAAUACAAGUAGUUAAAACGCUCGCUUUUCAAAGCCAUCUUUCGCGUACAUUUUGAAAGAUAUCUCACGCUUUUCAAUGGGAUUCUAUGAAUUCACGCAGAUUCAACAGAUUAGAUUAAAUAAAGUACUAAGUUUUAAAAUAGGGAAACUGUACAGUUAAUAAUAAUAAUUACGGUUGCAUAAUCAUUAUGUUGUAUAUUUGUUAGAAAUUUUACCGAGCCGCAGGUGUAAUGUCCCUUUUCCGGGUAAGCAGUUUUUGGAUUUUUCAAUUUUUCGAAAACGAAUCGAAAUAAAGGUUAGUGUAAUUAAUUUUCAUUCGUCGAUUCCCGGAAUUUCGAAUGGUAUUUUCGAGAAAUUGCUUACUAACGACACGGGCGUACAAAUUUACAGAUAAACAGGCUUUCGAAUUUUAUGUCGUGCAUCAUAGAAAUAUUUUUAUUAGGUAAAGAAGUCAAAGUCUUAGAGAGAAAAUAAUGAAAUAUUAACUCGAUCUGGAAUCCCAGAAAUUUUAGGUUAAAAUUUUACCAGGGUUGCAGCGUAAAUUUUAUUAUUUUUCAUAUAAAUUUUAUUUUGCUCAUCAUUUCGAACGGAUAUUUAAAGUAGUCUGUGAUUUUAUGUUUUUAAAAGAAAUACUUGUUGAAAGACUACCGUCUAACAUAUUUUUAAGUUAUUUUUGGUGUGUAUGAACAAAAAAGAGAAAAUAAAUUCAAAAAAAAAAUUCAAUUUUUGUUUUUAUUUAAGAACGUAAGACUGUGUGUAACUUCAGUAUGAUGUUAGCUUAUUGGAUUUAUUUUAGAAAAUUAGCGACAUUUACGAUCCAAUUAGCUAAUAGUCUUGUUAUAUUACGUAAAAUAUGAACAUUGUGUCCUUAUAGUGUAUGAUCUUUGACAAUAAGUACAAAUUUAAUAAAUGUUUCAAAUGUAGAUUUUGGUUGUUUCAUCACCUUACUGACAAACACUUGAUCGAAUUUAAAAUGUACUUAUAAUAUGUACUGCUUGUUUUUAUUAUUUUUAUUGAAAAAAAAGGAGGUAUUAAAGGGCAUCAAUAGUUCCCCAAACUUCAUUAACCUAAAACACUGACAAUGCCAAUAAGAAACUACUUACUAAACAUAUUUUCUGCUCUUUUAAAAACUACAACAAAGGAUAAUUCAACAUGACAUCCUGUCGAGCCAAUUCCAGCAACAUAGGAUCAUCAAAGAACUUAUUUAUAGAUACAUCCUGACUGAGACCUUUCCGCCUUCGAGUUUUUAUCAUAAAUUCUCUUGCCAAAUGCGUCGCAGGUUGCGGUUCCAAUGGUCUGAUCACGAUAGUUUUAUCCAAAGGAUCACCGGGGACAAU